GUAAGAGACAAAAGCGUAGCAACCGAGAAGCGCUCUUCAUAGUGAAAUUUUUCUCCAGCAGAAGCACCACGGAACCAGUUUUCUCCGUCGGAAUAGCAGGUGCAAGCUGGCUGCCAGUGUCCCUGAGUCAGACGUAAAGUAGUGCGAUCGGCCUUCGAAAGGUCUAGCGGUAUAAAAGUGCAUAUCAAACAGUGGAUUUCGAGUGUUGCCUAUCAAACUCGCCAGAGUUUGUGGCUGCAACCGUCUUACAUUGCUCGCUUCCUCGUACCCCUCAACAGGUAAGCAUAAAAUAAACCGGCCUUCGCCGAGAUGUCAUCUAAACGGAAAUCACCUCCAAAUAAACUAUCGAACGCUGGCUCACCAUCAGCAGUUCAGAUCGAGAAAAACAAUUUCAAGAAAAUUGCGCUCAAAAACGAGGACCUUAUCAAGUCCUCCCCGGUUAAGGAACUGAACUGCGCCUUCGAUGCCAGCUUUCUGUCAAUGCAAAAGAUGCAAGCCCAGCUGGAGCCAAAGUUCGUGAAGAACAAUGAACACAGCGAUUACAUCCUGAGCCACCACAACCCGCUCCACCAUCAGCAGCCCCAGCAACUGCAUCCCCAUCACCACAACCCAUUCGGAGCCCUCAGUGGUAUGCCGGGCGGUCAUCCACUGCUGAUGGACGGCGAUUUUCAUCAGUUCAAUUUACCCUUCCUGAAUGUAGCCAGUUAUAUACUGAAGGGCUCGGAUCCUACCAUCGGCAAGCACGACAACUUCCAGCUCGCUAUGAACCUGGACAAUUUGAACAUUUCCAACAGUCAACAGGAGAUGGCGUUUGCCGCUCAACAACAACAACAACAGCACCAGCAGCAGCAGCAGCAACAGCAUCAGCCGCCCCAGGCGGCUCCUCGUAAAGUAAAUAAUCUCAUCCUGAACCAUUUGAAGUCGAUUGUGGACAAUUUUGACAGUUUGAAUAAUAAUGUUAAUGAUAAAAGUACAUACACGCCGCCUCCGGCGGCUGUGGUGGCGCAGCCGCCCCUUGUCAACACUAAUAACCAGAACUGUUCGCCGGUAAACACAGAGGAAACUUCACCAAUGAUGAACAAUCACAACGUUGACAAUAAGGGUCAACAGUUCGAAGGCUUUCGAACACGGUUGGAUGAGCGCAUCAGCAAUCUGCAGCUGAGUAAGCGCGAAAUCAAUCUGAUGAGGCUCAACCUGAGUUUGCUGGACUUCCCGAACGAGAUUCCACCGACUCUGCUCAACAAUAACCACCAGCACAGCUACGAGGAUCGACCGCCUCCCCAGGGGGAGGACCUCAACUGCAGUACCUCGCAAAAUAAUAUGAAUAUUAAAUUAAUUAAAAGAAGCUUCAAAGAGUCCCUGUACGAGAAGGAGAAGAACAUCAACCGGUUGAUCAUGUACUUCACCAUCUGGCGGGAGAUGCUGCUGAAGGCGGAGUUUGUAAGGACGCUCAGGGGCUGCCGCCCACGGCCGCCGGCCGCUGAGAGUGGAUUAAAACAAUGGUGGCGCAAGAACCAGCUCUGGCCGGAGCGUGAUACCGCGAAUAAUACGGAACACAAAAAGUACAAAUUCAACAACAAUUCCAAAUCAAACCUGGACCCAUCGUCGCUGAUUCCGCCGGGUUCCUCGUCGACGAUCGGAACGCCCCAACCCGCAUCACCAAUCGCAGCAGCAACCCUCCCAUCGGCAACGGUCACUACGGCUACGGUUCUGCAACCUGCAGUCACACCGACGGCUUCCACUUCAACCUCCGGUGAUUGCGAUACCCCCGGCGAAGAACCCAUCGAUGCCGAUAACUGCAUCCAACGCUACCGCAAUGUAUUCCAGGCCAUCUCGAGCAAACCGUUGGAGGCGAACCGCCAGCAGACAACUCGGAAGAACUCCCGCAAACGUCCGCCCGGGUUUUCCGACGAUCAGCUGCUGGUUGGGAAGUCUUCCCCAGUGGAUCUGCGAUCCGGACCGACAACGCCAUCCUACGAGCUGGAUUACGAGAAAAAGGAAGACCAAAGAUACCUGAAGGACGAUGCUCCAAUCAAUUUAAGCAAGCGGAAAAGUGAGUACCGCGAAAGUCCAAUCCGGGAGCUCAACAACGGCAGUAAACUGGUCGGAGGGUUGUUCAAUCACUGCGAUCCGGAUGAACUGAGCCAACGGAUGGACAGCGGAGGAUUAUCCGGAAUGCUGGACAAAGAUGCCGAACGUUAUUUGCUCAAACCGAAGCGAGAGCGACUCGAUCCGGAGCCGAGUCUCUUCGACUACAAACCGGAAGCCCUCAAACCGAAACUAAGUCUCUAUCAAUCCCCUAGUCCUCAUCAUAGUCCAGAUGAUAAGCAGCUAAUGAACGAUUUCUCCCUCCCGCAACCAUUUUUCAUCAAAAACCCGGACGCCCACGGAAGUUCCGUCAACCCUCCCGGACUCCCAGUUCCAUUCAACAGCAGUGCCAUGCUGGACAACAUGAACCGCCAUUUGCUGCGUCAGCAGCAGCAACAACAACAACAACAGCACCAACAACAACAGCAGCAACACCAACAACAAAUGAAUGCUGGCCUCCCACCGGGAGGCAGCAAAAAAGAUAAAUCCAACCAACUUGCGAUGGAUCUUAACCCCGCAGAUCUGAACUCCUCGCGGCGAUCCGGUGCCGAGAAAAACCACAUCAAGCGACCGAUGAACGCGUUCAUGGUUUGGGCAAAGGACGAACGACGCAAAAUCCUAAAAGCCUGUCCGGAUAUGCACAAUUCAAACAUUUCCAAAAUUCUCGGAGCCCGAUGGAAAGCGAUGACCAACCUCGAAAAGCAACCCUACUACGAGGAGCAAGCGAAACUGUCCAAGCAGCAUAUGGAGAAGCAUCCGGACUAUCGGUACCGACCGCGGCCGAAGCGAACCUGCAUCAUCGAUGGCAAGAAGAUGCGCAUUUCCGAGUACAAGUGUCUGAUGAAGAACCGCCGGCAGGAGAUUCGUCAGUUCUGGACGCGAGAUUACGAUGGUUCGAGCGACCAGGGUGGCUGUCCGCUCAAGGAAGCUGGCAAGGCGAUCAAGAACGAGGCCAUGUGAGAGGACGCUCCGGGGGGUGGCGUCGGUGGUUGGAAUGGUGGCGUACCCCCCGCUGGGUUUGGCUGUUUUGGAGUGUAAUAAAUUGUUGUUUGUGUCGAUGUGGGUUGGGCAGGAGGGGAAAAGGGAUGGAAAGAGGGGGAGAGUUUUUCAACUCAUCAGGAUGGGAAAUUGAUGUUUUUCUUUAUCGUGGAAAAAUUAAAUGAUUAGAUGAGAA